AUGAUGAAGCGGAUGAACACAGGAGUACAAUCGAUAGAGCUGCAGUUUUGUAACGAGCAAGAAGAGUACUGCGUGCGUAACGACACACACAACGUGAUGCCCUCCGAGCAUUAUGGGAAAUCUGGAACACUGCAACGAUGGGAGAAGGAGAAGAAUACAACGUCAUCACUGUUCCAUCAAAGGCUGUCGUUGCAACAGGUGCUGCGUGUCCUUGUGGUGUUAUGGCUACUACUGCCCAUACCAAACCCAUUCCUCUGCUAUGCCGAAGCUUUUGGCAUACAUAUUGUGACAAACAUUACCGAUUGCUUUCCUAAUAUUGUGGUCUCCCCCAGUCAAACAACACAAUACUGCGAUGUGGAGAAUGCCGAAAUUCUGGGUGUAUCCAAGUUUAUAAGGACUGGGUAUUUUAACUCUGUACUAACAUUCUUUCCUGCAUGGCCACUUUCUGUGAAGGGAAAAUAUCUCAUUUCAUUUGUGCCCAACAGUGAAGCUUUGUCAGGGGAUAUGAAACUUGUCGCUGUGAACAGUAUUCCGGGAAAGGCUUAUGAUCAACUUUCGAACAGAUUCCCCUUGAAGUUUAUGAAUAUCAAAGAAACAAAGGCAUGGUUUGCUUCUACCAGUGCCUAUUAUGGGUUGAAGACAACGGCGCGGACAAACUUCCUAAAUUCCAGUAACAUUCAGAACUACCUGCUGGUUCCUCCUCAGUCAGACUGUGAUGCCAUGGCAAAAAAAUGUAGUGCUGCUACUGGAUGCUACAAUUUGGCGAUUUCUGCACCCUUUCCCAUUCCUGGGAACUAUUCAGUAUGCUUAACAGCGAGUGGAUGGCGAGGCCACUACUUGCCGUGGGGUGCAAUUCCCCUCGAAGUGAGGGUGCUGGUGCCAAGCGAACUGUAUGUGAACGCUCUCGGGAAAAACACGCUGUUGCUCCAGGACGCAGUGACAGGUGCGAAUGGGGCUGAUAUGAACAGUGUGUUCCUGGUGAAGUGCCCAGAGAGUGGGUGUUCACGCGUGAAGCUAAACAGUGGUGAUCUAAUAGUGAGUGUUGAUGUGUGUAAUGGGACCGCUGUCACGGAUCGUGUGUACUUCUCUGCUGAUGGUACUCUCAAUUCUACAACGGCAGGUGACUACGCUGCCUGCGCGGAUUACGGUGCAGAGGUUGGUAUUCCCCCAGCUGCACUUCCAGUAAGAGUAUUGCAGGAUCCCUUUGCUUUCAGUGUCACUGUGAAGGCAAACACGUCGGUGACGAUCAAUGUGCGUGGGGGUGAUCUCUCAUGGAGGAAAGAGUCAUAUGAAGUGUGUGCGCUGCCACCGGAUACACGGUGUGAAUCUGUGGCUACUGUCGGGAAAUUUCUGUGUCAGAGUAGUCUCUUCCCAAAUUCUCCAUCUGUUAAUUUUGACAUCUCGAGUUUGCAAAGUAAGUAUAAACUGGGUCCUGACAAUGUGACAUUUUGCUUUGUUGCAUCUAAUGUGACAUUUAACGGCCGCCGUUAUGUUUUGUCGCAUGAUGUGAGGAAACCGUUUUUUCCGGAGGUUGAUUCAACAGCUCCUGUACCGGAGGGUGACUCAGCAGUGGUGCCAAGCUCGAAUAAAUUAUCUGUUGGUGCCAUUGUUGGUAUUGUUAUCGCAGUUGUGGUUGUUCUUGUUAUUGUGGCUGUCAUUCUGUUUUUUGUACUGCGUCGGCGACAACAACAAGAACAACAACGAAAAGAAAAGGUGCGGAAGGAUGCUAUGGAGUCUCAGUACACAAGUAAAACAGUUGCCAAGAAGAACACUCGGAACCCUCUGAAAUCUGCUACAAGGGCUGGAUCUUCAACAUAUUCUGCUGGAUCUAGAUAUUCAUUUGGUUCUGUACAACGUGAUAAUAACGCCCAGAAUACUGAUGAUACUGUUAGCAGCGUACUGUCUUGGGGUGACGCUGGACGCAGCGAAGGACAGAUGCGGGAUUCACCCGUACCUUUUUACGAUACAUAUUCAGCACAUAUUUAG